GGUAUAAUACUACAGUAGCAUCACCACUUUUAUACUGAAGAAGCUAGUAUAUUUAGGAAAACGCGCUAGAAUUUUUUGCAAAUUUGUUGCGGAAAGGCCCUUUAAAUGUUUAAGCAUCUCAGCUCUCAACGUUAAAAUGCAAAUGAAUAUCAGUGAUCACGAGAAAGGAGGAAAAGUAUUUCAGCAUGAUAAGCUGUAACGAAUGCAUUCAAGCCGCCAAACACCACAACGACGUACAAUCUUUCCUUUUUAAACGAUAAACACGGGACAAUGGCUGGCCGUGAUUCUUUCAGAACUACACAUGAAUUAGCAGAUGAGCGUUAUGCGUGUGCAAAUUCUUCAUUGCAACCGGUCGCCAAACAACAGUUCAAGAUAAAGAGAAAGUCAGACACUACAUAUAAACGAAAAAAGAGAAAGUGCUCUUAUUCUUCCAACCAGUGCAGUGACACGAACUCGGAAAAUGCAGGGCCGUGUAUUGAAUCACUUGGCAUAAUGCAAAGUUCAACACCGAAAGGAAAGUCAAGUCAUAAGUUCAAUGAUUCUAUGCAAAGUAAUUCUUAUGGUGGUAUACCUCCAGAAGAAAAAAGACAGUGUCAAGUAAGCUUGAUGUGUCAUGACAAAAAUGACAGCAUGUCAGAUUUUUGGAAUGAUGACAAAUUGUUUGCAGAUUUAAGUUUAAACCAAGGUGAUGCAACAGAAAAUAAGAUUGAAUGUACAAAUAAUCAUAAUAAUUUGAUUCCAAUGGGACCUAAUAAACUUUUGGACAAAACAGAUUCCUCUUUGAAAGCAAAAUGCAUGACUAUGACAGAAGAAACAUUUUAUGGGAUGCCACUCCAGUUGAAGCAGAUGUUACUACAAAGUCGUGGUAUUAAUGAGCUGUAUGAAUGGCAGAAAGCAUGUCUGUGUUUGUCAUCCAUAAAGGAGAGGAAAAACUUAAUAUAUUCUUUGCCUACAAGUGGAGGAAAAACCUUGGUUUCUGAAAUCUUAAUGAUGAGAGAGCUGUUAUUGAAUAAGAAAGAUGUUAUGUUUGUGCUGCCUUUUGUGUCUAUCGUUCAGGAAAAAGUACAGUCACUUGCACAUCUUGCUGUAGAACUUGAUUUCGUUAUAGAGGAAUAUGCAGGCAAUAAGGGAAGAUUUCCACCUUGCAAAAGAAGAAAGAAACGAACGCUUUAUAUCGCAACUAUUGAAAAAGCCAAUGGACUUGUAAAUAGUUUCAUUGAAGAAACGAGGAUUGGUGACAUUGGUCUUGUGGUUGUAGACGAGCUACAUAUGCUUGGAGAAGGAGGAAGGCGUGGAGCUACUCUUGAAAUGUGCUUGACUAAACUAUUAUGUGCUGCAAGUCAGGCACAGAUAAUUGGAAUGAGUGCAACCUUGAGUAAUAUUAAAGAAUUACAACAAUUUCUACGGGCAGAGGUGUAUGCAAACGACUUCAGACCGGUAACGUUGCACGAGUACGUAAAAAUUGGAAAGUCCGUAUACUAUGUAAAUAAUAACGAAAGUGGUCUAAGCACUCAUCCAGUACGACAUAUAACGGACAAGGUAAACAAUGCAAGGAAAGUAAAAGACCCAGAUAAUUUGGUUCUCUUGGUAACCGAAGUCAUUCCUGAACAUUCCUGUCUUGUAUUUUGCUCUACCAAGCGCAAUUGCGAAAAUGUCGCGAAACUUUUGGUGGAUUUCUUACCAAAGAGUCUAUGUGAAAUAAGAAGGGAAGAAAGGAAAUGCCUUCUUCAAGCCCUCUUUAACCAGGCUAAUGGCGUAUGUCCGGUUCUUAAACGAACUAUACCAUUCGGCAUAGCAUAUCACCAUAGUGGACUGACCGUAGAUGAAAGAAAGUUGAUAGAAUACUCUUACAGUAAAGGAGUUCUUUGCGUACUGACUUGUACUUCGACUUUGGCCGCAGGAGUUAACCUUCCAGCCAAAAGAGUAAUUCUCCGAGCACCAUACAUUGGAAAACACAUCAUUAGUCGUAGUCAGUACAAGCAGAUGAUUGGUCGAGCAGGAAGAGCAGGAAUUGAUACAUCUGGCGAGAGUAUUUUGAUAAUAAAGGAAAGCGACAAGGCAAAGGUUAGAAACUUGUUCAGCGGCCCGUAUGACAGCUGUAAAAGCAGUUUGCUCUACCAAGAUGGCAAAGGAGUGCGUAUUUUGGUCCUCAGUUUGCUGGGAUUAAAGCUCUGCUUCACCCAAACCCAACUGAUUUCAGCAAUUAACGAUACGCUGUUGGCCAUUCAAACAGAAGAUAAGUCUUUCGCGCAGGAAUGUACAAUGAACGCAAUUAAAGAUCUCGUAGCACUUGGUCUCGUCAAGGGGAUCUCUAGAAAAUCUGGAGAUGUCAAUAUUGAUGUAACUAAGCUAGGCCAUGCAAGUUAUAAAGGGUGCUUGGAUGUUGAUAACACCCAAUUGAUCUAUCAAAAUAUAGAGAUGGCUUUAGAAUGCUUGGUGUUAGUCAAUGAGCUGCAUCUUCUUUAUCUUGCGACACCCAUAGACCUAACUAUACCAUCUGAUCUAGAUUGGAUGGUCUAUCAAAAACAGGUGGCGCUCUUUAACGACAAGGAAAAAAAAGUUGUCAGUACAAUCGGAAUUUCAGAACUUUACCUUUUGGGUAAAGCGUAUGGACAAAAACUCGAAAAGGUUAUAAGUGAGGAUUCUAUCAGACGUUUUUAUAUGACUUUAAUGCUAUACCAUCUGGUACAAGGUGCUUCAAUAUGGAAUGUUGCUGAUUUGUUCAAGGUGUCAAGAGGAUUCGUUCAGAAUCUCUUAACAUCAGCUACGUCUUUUGUGAUUUGCUUGAUACAUUUUACUAAGGAACUAAGUGAAUUUUGGGCAAUCAAUAUUCUUUUAGAGAACAUCAUGAAGAGGCUCUCCUGCACUGUUAAUCUUGAGCUGGCUCCACUUAUGGAAAUACCGGGAGUUAAACAGGCACGUGCUCGUCAACUCUUCAAAGCAGGCUAUCGUUCAAUGGGCGAUAUAGCUCGCUCCAACCCUGACAAGCUAGUUAAAGAAAUUGAACAUCUCUACAAGAAACAAGCUAGAGAGAUCGUAUCAGCUGCCAAGAUGUUGCUGAAAGAAAAAGCAGAUACUCUUCUUGAAGAAGCACAGGAUUUAAUCUCCUAUGAUCAACAAUUAAGCACUCCAGUCGUAUAGUACAUUGGUAAUUUAUAUUAUAUUUUUUCAAACCAUUUCUUUUUAUUUAUUUAUUUAUUUAUAUUUUUUAUUACAAAGAAUACAAGUACAUCUAACAUUUGAUGAUUCAUAAUACUUUAAAUGUUUGUCUCAGUUAAGGAUGGUGGGUUCAGUUCGCGACCCAUUUUUAUUUAAAUGAAACUGUGUCAGUUAUUUAGAGUACCGAAGGGGCUAUCUAAAAACGUGAAAAAAUGUGGGGGUCCCCACGCAUCCAAGCGAUAUAAUUGUCAUUAAAGACCCGAUGACGUGAGCGCAUUUUAAAGCACUUCAAAAAAUCGCAUCUCUCUUGUGUUUUGCUUAAGUACAGUCAACAUUUUGUCUAAAAUAAUUUUAAACAUAAAUAUUUUUCAUAUUAAUAAAAAGAUUUGAAGUUGCAAAGGUGAAAGUACAUUUUUUAUCUGCUUUUGCGCAAAAGUAGGUGAAAUUUCAAUUUUGGACAAAAACACAAAAUCAAAUCAAACCGCCCUUCUAGUUGCACUUUCCAGAGAUUGGGCUCCCUGUGUCCUUAUGCUUGUUGACAUUCGGAGGGUUCAAAGUAUUUCGCUCGAUUUCAUAUUUUAAAUACUUAAUUUAGCUGGUAAGAUGAUUAGUCGUCCUUUUAUUUUCCUUUUAACACCUAUUUUGUUGCGUUUGGGAGCGAAUUCUGUGAUGAAUUGAUUGUCUGAAAGUUACUUCAAUUACGAAAGACGACUUCGACGGACUUCUAUUUCCUAAUUCUUCUGAAAAACAAAUUCUGGAUUUUGUUAUUAAUAUAAAAGUCCGGCCGAGUGCUUUAUUGAUGCAUCCGGCUCUACUUACGUUGACAUGUUGACGAUUGUACAUAAGCGUUUCUGUUUACUUUAACACAUCAGCAAAAAAAGGUUUUGGAAUUUUAGUUUAGGCGUUAAUCGUAUUAUUUUACUUCAACUUGCAUCUUUC